AUGGCGAGGUUGCGCUGCUUUGAUGGUGGUAAUGACAAUGAUGGUCUCUGGCUGCUAGAGCUCUCCGGCCCCACCUCCCCGCAUGUGUUCUCCGACAGCCACCCAGCUAUUAUUCGGUCUUCCUUCUCCAACUGUCCUCCCCGUCGCUCUCCUCCGAAAUUCAAACAACAAUUUCAUAUGAUGCAGCUUGGUCUCACCGAGAGCUUGCCCGCUCUCGUAGCUAAACGCUUCACAGCUGCCAAAGAUGCCGGCCACCUGAUCUUCUCCCAGACACAUCUUGAAAUCCUGCGUCCCGGUGGCGUCCCCUACCAACUUAGAUACUGCCCUGCUCUGGCAAACAAACCGACGGGAAAGCCGAAAUCGGAUGAAGGAAGCACGAAGAAGAGAUUCGAUCCCUUUGAGAACCCAUCCCCGGAGCUUGUCAUCGCACACUUUCCGAAGGAAAGCCCGACGCACUUUCUCGUCCUUAAUAAAUUCCCCGUCAUUCCGAACCACUUCAUUCUCGCAACGACUGCCUGGCGAGAGCAGACCGAUAUACUAGAGAAGGAGGAUUUGGCGGCAGCGUACGCUUGCAUUAAAGCGUGGAACGAUGGGAACGAAUCAGGCAGUAUAGGGCCAAAGAGGCUAUUUGCGUUCUUCAACUCCGGCUAUGAAAGUGGGGCGAGCCAGCCGCAUAGGCACUUACAAUUUCUCCCCGUGGAGGCAAUGGCGCAAGACGACGAGACCGGUACGUGGAGGCCACUUAUCGACACAGUUCCAUCACAACCGGCCUCUUCAGAAACUGAAUUCCGCCGGGUUGCCGGGAUGCCCCUCGCCAAUUUCGCCCUUCCUUUAUCUUCAGAUGCAUCUGCUGAGAAACUGCACGAAACAUAUCUGUCUCUGUACAAGGCUGCUGCGGUGGCUGCAGGAGUUCCCCGGAGUCAAGUGCGGUCAGAUACAGGACCUGCGGCUUUCAGUUACAACCUCGCAAUGACGGACUCGACGAUGAUGAUAUGCCCGAGGAAGAAUGUGAGUGCCGUUGUCUCCGUCGAUGACGUGGCGCGCAAAGAUAUUGACCAAGCGGGUGUCGUGGAACUCAAUGGCACUCUUCUCGCUGGUACAAUGAUGGUGAAGGCCGAGGCCGAAUGGAAUGAGUUGCGACGCAGCCCUGAUGCUCUCAUGAAAGUUCUUGCCUCCAUUGGAUACCCUCAUCCAGACCUAAAAGAGGUCUCUCUGUUAUGA